GUCUAUAGGUAUAAUGCCAUGCGGGAGAACUGUCACAAAAGAUGUCAAAUGGCUUCACUCAGGAAGGUCUUUAUUUACUCCUGAAUUUAAUAGAAUUCGUACUAAACAUUGUGUUUAGUGUAAUAAACUGUGUAUUUAUAAUAUUCAAGUUGUUAUUACAUUACGUUUUUAAUGUAAACAUGACAGAAGCGCCGAAAAAGAAGAAGAAAACUUCGAAUGAACAACCUAACCAAACUGUUGCGUUCCGUGGUGUUAUUGAUGCAAACUGGCAAAAAUUCUUAUCAAGCAACCUUAUUAUGGACAAGAAAACGGAGAAACCGGCACAGGAGAACAGUAAAACCCAAUUUUCGGGCACAUUCCGUCGUGCUAGAAAGAAAAAAGCCAAAGAUCACGAUAAAGUCCAAAAUAACUUAAAAACUCUGAAUUUGACGUCAAACGCAGAUAGUAUAGUCAAUAACGUAGAUAAAGAAGUCAAUAGUGAAUCGAAUAAUGUUAAUGGUGUUGUUAAAAAUAAUAAUAAUAGUAAAAAAAAUCGACUUACUAAAUUUCUUGCCAUGGAUUGUGAGAUGGUGGGAAUCGGUUAUGGUGGCAAUGAUCACAUGUUAGCUAGGGUGUCUAUAGUCAACAAAUUCGGCGACUGUAUUUACGACAAGUUCGUAAAAGCGCGGGAAGAGGUGAAAGACUAUAGAACGGACAUCAGUGGUGUUAGAAAAGAGGAUUUAUUGAAUGGAGAAGACUUUACAGUUGUCCAGAAAGAAGUCUCUGAACUCCUUAGAGGUCGUAUACUAGUUGGACAUUCGUUGAAGAAUGAUUUGGCUGUUUUGUUUCUGUCGCACCCUAAGAGGAAUAUCAGAGAUACAUCCAGAUAUAAACCGUUUAGGAAGAUUACAAAAGGCAGUACACCGUCACUCAAGCGUCUAGCCAAAGAGAUUCUGGGUAUAGACAUCCAAUCCGGAGAGCACAGCUCCGUAGAAGAUGCUAGAGCAACGAUGCAGUUGUACUGUAGCGUCGCUCGGCAAUGGGAGCCGACAUUAGCUGACAAACGAGGCAAGAAAAAAGUUAGUGCGGAUGAUGAAUAAGUGAAGAAAACAACCCAUUCAUUAUUUUCAAACUGACUAACUGUUCAAUCCCCAGCCAUCACCAUUGACUCCAAUAACUACAUUAUAGUCCUUAUUUCCGAUGUUUAUAGACUACUUUUGUAUGAACAAAUUUUUGGUACGAUAUAUCAACUUAUUAAAAAAUGUCUAGGUAGUUCUAUUCAACCGAUUUGACAGAAAGGAGGUUGUUAGUUCGACUGUAAUUUUUUUGCAAUUAAUUUGUUUGGAAAUACAGUGAAACCUGGUUAAGUGAGACAUCAAGGGACCUGCAAUUUCGUUUCACUAAUAGAGGUAUUCCACUUAC